CGUACAACUGGUGUUGGAUGUCGGACACGCAGUCAAGGUCACGCACGUAUUUCGGCAUGGAUGUAACGGCGUGCGAACUGGAGCAAAUUAUAGGUGCUCCGUUGUCUAGUGGUGCCAAAUGUAGGAAGCGAAAAGUUGAACGGAACACUUCAGAGGAAAAUGCAAGAUGCUCUAAGACUGUCAGGACGGUUUCUGCUAAUGAAGAAGUUCCAAAAACCCUUAUUAACGAGGUUUCCACUACGGAAUCCAAGGUUGCAGCAAAUUACAUUGAAAAUCCUGUUCUUACAGAAAUACAAAGCAUUUUGGAGUUUCGCAACAGGUGCACAGUGAAAAUACAUGGACUUCCACCGAAGACAACUAUUUCUGAAUUGGAAUCAUUAGUACCAGAAGCCAAGGCCUAUCGUUUACCAUGGAUAAGUCGUCUUCACAGAUGUCAUGGGUUUGCUUUUAUCGAGUUUGAGUCGGAAGAAGAAGCUAUGAUGCACAAGGAACGACUUGACAGACAGUUUUAUGGAGACAGAGCUUUAAAUGCCAGUGUUGGGAAAUUUAUUUCAGAAUGCGUUGAUGAUUAUGAAUGCACGGUACUUGUUCUACAUGGUUUAAAGUAUAACGUUAAAAGGGGUGAAAUAGCAAGAAGAUUUCCUGCUUCUAUAGAUAUUAGGAUACAUUUAACAAAUGAUACACACAAACCGGGUGUGGCCUAUUUAACAUUCGCAUCAGAGGAAGAUGCUUUGAAUGCUCUAAAGUCUCGACAAGGGUGUUUUUUGAGAGGCAGAAAAACAUCAGUUCAUUUUCGAGUAAAACCGAAAAAGACGAGCAAGAAUUGCCUGAUAGUUCGGGGUUUGGGAAAAAAGGUAUCCGAAAGUGAUCUGUUGGCGGUAUUUCCUCAAGCCUUAACAGUGAAUAUCAAUCGGUAUCGAGGUGAAGCUCGACUUAUCUAUGACCUGGAGGAAGAUUGUUUAUUAGAUCGGAAGCAAGCCAAAAACAUUCUAAUUGGCGGUCGUAAAGUUGACGUUAUGGCAGUUUCUGUGAGUAAAAAAGACAGUACCCGUCCAGUACUUGGUGUUGCAAAAAGUGUAGAUUCAUAUUCGGACAAGAAGGCGUCAUCCGGUAUAGUAAUAGACAAAUGUACAUUGGCCUUAUCUGAGGGAAAGAUCCGCGAAUUAUUUCCAAAUGCGGUUGACUACCGUACAUUUCCACCGGGGACUAGUCAAAGUGGCGUGGCGUAUGUUGAAUUCGCCAAUUUAUCACAUGCCAAACGAGCAGUCAAGGCAUUAAAUGGCAAAUCGAUGCGAGUAAGAAUUGCCAAUCAGAAGAGAAUGAGACUGCUUGGUCUUUUGGAGAAAUCCACUCCAGCCACAAAAAACGAAAAAACUGAAUCCCAUUCUUCUACUAAAGCUCACCGUGACAACUACAAUGAUUCACAAGGUGUUAAUAAUUGUGAUAUAAAAAGGCAUCAAAAGUCUAAAAAGAACAAACGUAAACCUAUGAAACCAAAGCCUCAUUUCCUAGAGAAACCUGUAAUUACAUGAAUAAAUACAUCUCUUUUCUAAAAAUUGUCAUCUUCUAAAAAUUUUGGAUUACGGAAACUUGUGCUGGUGCAAAUUUCACACUAAAAGUAUGUGUUUCAGCUUUUGUGAUAAAAGUUGUGAUGAGGUGAAAGUUUCUUGUUAUAGAAUUCCAUAUACCCUUGUUCCGCAUAGAAAAAUUAGUUCUGUAAAAUCAAUAAAUCGAAUUGAUUAACUGGAAGAGUUUCCUUGAUAUGUUCAGUCAGUGAAAUCCUUCAAACCAUGCGAAAGACAUGGCAAACUGAACAAAAUACAUAAAUUUACCGUCGAAGCAAAAUGAUUAGAAACGUACAUUCUUCACCUGAAUGGAUUUCAUCACAUUGUGACCGUGUAGCAUCUCCAAAACUGACUCAGAAACAAUAUAAUUCGAAUUAUCAGCGAACAGAUAAAUCCGGAACCCAUAUGCCACGAUUAAUGAAACCCUUAUCUUAAUGUACCGUACAUGCCACAUUUUCUACUUGCUUAGUUUGCAUGAUAUCGCGUUUCUUUAAAAAUCUUGUGCUUACUGAGUUAUGUAUGUACACGUUGCCUCCGAAUAUUUCCGAAGGCAAGCAGAAAGAAAAGUAAAAACACGCAAACACCAAACUAUCCUAUACCUUCAUGUUGGUCAAUUACGGCUAACAGACAGCUUUCUACAAUAGCUAUAUUUCCAUAAGUCCAUGCAUUCACCUAUUCAUAUAUAAUACCCUCAUAUAGACUAUGAUCCUUACCGUAAAAGAGAAUGCUUCAAAACCCCAGCAUAUGCCUCAAACAACAAAAAAAAUAACCCUUGCAUAAGCGUCCAUCCCUUGAAACGUCCAUCUAAUACGUGCUGUUAACCACACCCUGGAGGUCGAGAUGAUCGUUUGUCU